CACCCCUGGGCACCUCAUGGAUUUGCUGCAGAAGAAGAUGGUCAGCCUAGACAUCUGCCGCUACCUGGCUCUGGACGAGGCUGACCGCAUGAUUGACAUGGGUUUCGAGGGCGACAUCCGCACCAUCUUCUCCUACUUCAAGGGCCAGCGGCAGACCCUACUUUUCAGUGCCACCAUGCCUAAGAAGAUUCAGAACUUUGCCAAGAGUGCCCUGGUAAAGCCGGUCACGAUCAACGUGGGCCGCGCUGGGGCCACCAGCCUGGAUGUCAUCCAGGAGGUGGAAUAUGUCAAGGAGGAGGCCAAGAUGGUAUACCUGCUUGAGUGCCUACAGAAAACACCCCCACCCGUGCUCAUCUUUGCGGAGAAGAAGGCAGAUGUGGAUGCCAUCCACGAGUACCUGCUGCUCAAGGGGGUCGAGGCGGUGGCCAUCCAUGGGGGCAAAGACCAGGAGGAACGGACCAAGGCCAUCGAGGCAUUCCGGGAGGGCAAGAAGGACGUCCUGGUGGCCACAGACGUAGCCUCCAAGGGCCUGGACUUCCCUGCCAUCCAGCAUGUCAUAAAUUAUGACAUGCCUGAGGAGAUCGAGAACUACGUGCACUGUAUCGGCCGUACCGGGCGCUCAGGAAACACAGGCAUCGCCACCACUUUCAUCAACAAGGCCUGUGACGAGUCGGUGCUGAUGGACCUGAAAGCCCUGCUGCUGGAGGCUAAGCAGAAGGUGCCCCCUGUGCUACAAGUGCUGCACUGUGGGGAUGAGUCCAUGCUGGACAUUGGAGGAGAGCGUGGCUGUGCAUUCUGUGGGGGCUUGGGCCAUCGAAUCACUGACUGCCCCAAACUCGAGGCUAUGCAGACCAAGCAGGUUAGCAACAUCGGCCGCAAGGACUACCUGGCCCACAGUUCCAUGGACUUCUGAGCCCUCUGUCAUCCCUUGUCUCCAAGAGACCUCAGUCUCCAGCCACCUCCUACACACACCAGCCCCCUGGACAAAAAGCCAGCAUCUUUGGCCCAGCUGGCCUGGGCUGGGCCAGGCUGGGCCUGGCCGCCUGCUCCCUGUGUCCCCCAGAAUUACUAUUUUUGUUCCCCUUUACCCCAGCUGUCAUUAAAGCACAAGCCUCCCUGGUCUCAAAAAAAAA